AUGGCAAUGUCGACUUCAGGGACGCUCAGCAAUUAUUAUGUGGACUCUUUCAUAAUUCACGAGAGUGAAGACCUGGUGCAGUCCAGAUAUGCCUCUGCUCCACUGGCACCGCCAACGAGACAGCCAGCCCUGAGCGAGCACCCUGAAUUCACCCCAUGCAGUUUUCAGUCGAAAACUUCAGUCUUUAGCACUUCCUGGAACCCCGUUCACCCUCCGAGCGCUAAUAACGUGCCCACUGUGUACCAUCCAUAUGUGCAUCACCAGGCACCAAUGGCAGCGCCUGACGGCAGGUACAUGCGUUCGUGGCUAGAGCCUAUGCCGGGCUCAUUGUCUUUCCCUGGGUUACCUUCCAGCAGGCAUUACGGCAUUAAACCUGAACCGCUCGCGGCCAGAAGGGGUGACUGUACCACGUUUGACACUCACACGUUGUCUCUGUCUGAUUAUGCUUGUGGUUCUCCUCCAGCUGAUAGGGAUAAGCAACCCAGCGAAGGUGCGUUCUCUGAAAACAAUGGAGAAAAUGAGACAAACGGAGAAAAACCACAGAUUGAUCCAAAUAAUCCAGCUGCAAAUUGGCUGCACGCAAGAUCCACCCGGAAAAAGCGCUGUCCCUACACCAAGCACCAAACGCUGGAACUGGAAAAGGAGUUUUUGUUCAAUAUGUAUCUCACUAGGGACCGUAGAUACGAGGUGGCUAGACUCCUUAAUUUAACUGAGAGACAAGUGAAAAUCUGGUUUCAAAACAGGAGGAUGAAAAUGAAGAAAAUCAACAAAGACCGAGCAAAGGAUGAAUAA